AUGCAAAGGCCUAUUUCUGUAAAUGGAUUCACCAGAUCAGUGACGUCGAGCCCGGCCGCCCCCAAGAUUCUUAGCAUUGAAGAUUCGCUCGAGGCUCUUGACCGACUCGAGGAGGAGCUCGAGGCGGUGAAUGCCGUGACGCACUUUGGGCGAGUGCCGUCCCCGAGAUUCUUCCAUUGGGCCGUAGUCCAGGGAGGAGCCCAGCACAGCUCCAGCGAGCGGGUUCGCGUGCCGCGCACACGCCAGCGUCAGCUAAGAGACCCCGCAGCAGCCUUCGAACAAGCCGCGAACGAUGCCGACUUUCGAGUUGCCUGGGAAGCCAUUGCAAGGAAGUUGAAGGAGAAGAAGGAGGCGCGACUCUCGAUGCAGCUUGAGGUUGGAAAAUCGCCUGCGGCGGCAAUCAAGGCGGCAACUCCGCAGCGAACUCGGUCUACCCGUGUGCUUCCCCGGCCUACGUUUGAGCUUCCGGGAGAAGCCAUUUCUCGCCGUAAGCGAGAGCAGCGUGAGGCGCAGAUUAGGGCUCAAGAGGAGGAGGAGCAAAAGCGGCGGGAGUUCAAGGCGCGCCCUAUCAUGGCAGGCCUUAGGCAGCCCAGCAGCGCGCCCCGCGAGACGGUCGCUAGCCGUGCCCGGCAAACAAAAGUGUCUCAGAUGGAGAACGGCGCAGCUAUGAGCGCCAGUAUGAAGCGGCUUUCGCUGGCUGCAACGCAGUCGCCCCUCAUGGCAUCGUCGCAGUCUCGUGGGCGUGCGGUUGCCACAUCCCCAUCUCAGUUGAGCCGUGCGACGUCGGUGGCUGCCAGUAGCGUCAGCGGCAGUGGCAAGCGAAGCACGAUUUCGGCCGAGGACGCGGCGCAGCACAAGGUGCGUGGAAAGGAGAUACUUGCUCGGGAUAACCGAUACGCCAAUGACCGAGAACGUGGGCGAGCGGAGAGGGAGGUGCUUGCCAAACUUGCCCGAGAGCAAGCCGCGGAGCGAUCACGACAGCUGAGUCGCGAGUGGGCUGAGAAGCAGCGACGCAAGGCUGCGAGCGCAGGCACGACCGCUCUUACACGGUAA